AUGACUGACAUUGUGCGCUUCACCAACGGCUUCAUCGCCAUGCCUGACGGCACGGCGCUCAAGGGCGACCUGUAUGUCGACACGACGACGGGCCUCAUCAUCGCAGGCCAGGAGAACUUCUUCACGACUUGCCAGCGGCCAUCGCGGGUCGUUGACCUCGAUGGUGGCAUCCUCUCUCCAGGCUUGAUCGAUGUACAGAUCAACGGCGCGUAUGGUGUCGACUUCUCCGACGUCGAGCUCGGGCCUGGCGGCAACGACAAGUACCUCGCUGGCCUGGACCACGUCGCGGAGCGUAUCGUUGAGACGGGCACGACGUCUCUUGUGCCGACCAUUAUUACCCAGAAGGAGGAGCUGUAUGCCAAGCUCCUCCGCCUGCUUGCGCCCCGCUCGAGCAAGAACUCGGCUCACAUCCUUGGCUACCACGCCGAGGGCCCGUUCCUCCACCCGGACCGCAAGGGGAUGCACACCACCGAGCUCCUCUUGACUGCCAACACCACUCCUCCCAUCGAUGCGUUUGACGCCGUAUACGGCAAGGACGGCCUCGACCAGGAGGGUGUCAAGAUGAUCACGGCGGCGCCCGACGUUGAGGGCGUUAUGGACUGCAUCGAGCCGCUCACGAAGCGCGGCGUCAUCUUUAGCAUCGGCCACUCGGACGCCAACCUCAAGCAGGGACAGCAGGCUGUGGCGCGCGGCGCCAACAUGAUCACCCACUUGUUCAACGCUAUGCCUCCCAUCCACCACCGCGACCCCGGUCUCGUGGGUCUACUCGGCGAGACUGACGCGCGGCCAUACUAUGGCAUCAUUGCAGAUGGGCUUCACCUCCACCCAAACACUGUGCGGAUUGCGUACGGCGCUGCUCCCGAUCGCUGCAUCCUCGUCACCGAUGCGCAGUGGAUCCUCGACCCCACCCUCCCCGACGGUCUGCACCACUGGCGCGGCGGCUUCAGCUUCCACAAGGAGGGCCUGCGCGUCGUGCUGGAAGGGACAGACACGCUCGCUGGCUCUGCCAUCCCGUUCUACCAGUGUAUCGGCAACCUCUCCCAGUGGGCCGGCAUCACUAUCCCACAGGCGCUUGUCUGCGCGACAUAUCACCCGGCGCAGAUGCUCGGUGGGCGGGUCGCGCAAACAAAGGGCCAACUCAAUGUCGGCUUUGAUGCCGAUCUCGUCGUGUUCGGCUGGGACGGUUCCCUCCGCUCCACUUGGGUCAUGGGCAAGGAGGUGUACCGCAACCCCGAGAUUGCCAGCGGUAACGUGCUGCGGCCGCGCACCGAGGUCAACGGCAAGGCCCACUAA